AUGUCGACGGCUCGUUUCCUCGUCACAGUCGCCGCAGCGGCCUCUUGUUUGGCCGUCGUCGCCUCCAUCGUUUCGUUGGUUUAUCUGGUCAACGAUGUGAACAACUAUUACGACGACGUCACCAGAAAUAUCGAGACCUUCAAGGUGAGACUCUGAAAUUCGCCAGAACACUCGAAGAAACUGCUCAUUCAGGAUGAAGCCAACACCGUGUGGCACCAGAUGCUGGCCGUUGUUCCGCAAGGAAACAAGCAGCGACAGGUCUACGAGUCCCUCUUCGGCCGUGUCAAGCGUCAGGCUCCUCAAUGCAACUGCGGAGCCAACUCUGCCGCCGCCAACUGCCCAGCUGGACCACCAGGACCACCAGGAGCGCCAGGAGAGGACGGAGAUAACGGACUUGUCGGAGAGGACGGAGUCCCAGGAAACGACGGAAACCUCGGAGUUCCACUCUCCGCCAGCGGAUGCAUUAUCUGCCCAGUCGGACCACCAGGACCACCAGGACAGCCAGGAAAGGACGGACAACGAGGAUCGGAUGGACAGCCAGGACAAGACGCCGUCGGAGGAGGACAGGGACCACCAGGACAACCAGGACCCGCUGGAGACGCCGGACAGUCAGGAAGACCGGGAGAGGACGGACGGCCAGGAGCUCCAGGAGCACCAGGAACCCGCUCUGUUGGAAGACCAGGAGCCGCCGGAACCCCAGGACCACAGGGACCACCAGGAGCCAGAGGAAACGACGGACAGCCAGGAAACGACGGAGCUCCAGGACAGCCGGGACGGCCAGGACCAGACGGAAAGCCAGGAGCCCCAGGAAACGACGGACAGCCAGGAUCCCCGGGAGCCGUCGGACAGCCGGGAGGAGACGCCGCCUAUUGCCCGUGCCCGUCCCGUUCGUCGGCCAUCCGUGCCAAGGCUGCCGUCGUCGUUCGCAACCGCGCCGUCGCCAAGCAUCGCUCGGUUUCCCGCAGAAAGGCCGUCGCCGCCAAGAGAUCGAAGGCCCGUCGUGUCGUCGCUGCCAAGCACCGUGCUGUUGCCAAGAGACACCGUGCUGUCCACAAGGCAUAA